UGUUAGAUGUUAUAUUAGGAGUGUGGGUUAGGGUUGGUACUUGGUAGGGAGUGACAAAGAGAGAUAGCGUAAGCGUUAAGCGGAAGGAAGGAAGAAUGGAUCCAGAUGCGUUGGCGAAGGCGUUCGUUGAGCACUACUACACCACCUUCGACAACAACCGCCCCGGGCUGGCCAGCCUCUACCAGGACGGCUCCAUGCUCACCUUCGAGGGCCAGAAGAUCCAGGGCUCCCCGAACAUCGUCGCCAAGCUCACCUCUCUCCCUUUCAGCCAGUGCCACCACUCCAUCACCACCGUUGAUUGCCAGCCCUCCGCCGCCACCAACGGCAUGCUCGUCUUCGUCAGCGGCAACCUCCAGCUCGCUGGCGAGCAACACGCCCUCAAGUUCAGCCAGAUGUUCCAUUUGUUACCAACACCGCAGGGAAGCUAUUAUGUUUUGAAUGAUAUAUUUCGUUUGAACUAUGCUUGAAGAUAGACUAUGGAAUAUGUAACCUGAAAAAUAGAGGUUUGCCUCUGGGCUAUAGCUGUUUCAUAUCGUGACAUUUGUGAUUGAAAAAUGGAGUUCUUUUUUGGCUGGAUGCUAUGAACGAUUAAUUGUGCCAUUUCUGUUCAGAAUUUUCUAUUGUGGUUGGUUAAAAAACGUGUAAGGAUAAAUUAUCGAAAGAUUAUCAGGUAUGAACUGAUGAUGAAAACUUGGCUUUAUUUCUUUUAUGAGAACUGAGAUAUGGGAUGGGGUCAAAGCAUCUUGUUCAUGGUUGCGA